CCCCUUUCCGGUAUCAUUCGUUGUGAGUUCGUCCAGAUCGCACUACUAUGGCACGUACGAAGCAGACAGCACGUAAAUCCACCGGAGGAAAAGCUCCUAGGAAACAGCUUGCUACCAAGGCAGCCAGGAAAUCGGCUCCGGCCACCGGAGGAGUAAAGAAACCCCAUCGUUACAGGCCCGGAACCGUCGCCCUUAGGGAAAUCCGUCGGUACCAGAAGAGCACCGAGCUCCUCGUCAGGAAAUUGCCCUUCCAGAGGUUGGUCAGGGAAAUCGCUCAGGAUUUCAAGACUGACCUUCGUUUCCAGAGCUCUGCCGUGAUGGCCCUUCAAGAAGCUGCUGAAGCUUACUUGGUCGGUCUUUUUGAAGACACUAACUUGUGUGCCAUCCAUGCCAAGAGAGUGACUAUCAUGCCUAAAGAUAUCCAGCUAGCCAGACGUAUCCGAGGAGAACGUGCUUAAACCGUUUCUCUGCUACUUUUCAAACGGCCCUUCUCAGGGCCACCAAAAA